AGGGAGGAAGAAAGGUUAUUGGAGUGUGUGCGUGUAGGACAGCCUUCCCCUUGUGGAUACCUGAGACCUCCUGUUCCCUGCGAGCGGAGAGUGUGUGGUAGCUGCAGCCCGAAACGGAGAGCCGUUGUUCUCGACAUCGAGACCCAAACAUGUUCACAGUGACAACUUGUCUCACCUUCAUGGUCAUUCUCCUCGCUGUAGAGCCGCAAGAAGUUGGUUCCACCUUGAAGCUGAAGUAUGUAAAGGUUCUGCCUCAUGAAAAGGGACUGAAAGUCCUCUGGGAGCCACUACAAGAUGUAUCUAAGAGACUUGUAGAUCACUACACCAUUGGCUAUGGUAAAACUCUGGAAAACCUCAAGUUCAUCAAAGUGGAGAAAGACAAACAGUUUUUUAUAUUGGAGGAUGUAGAGCCUGGGGAAGUGUAUUUUGUGAUGGUGACUGCAGAAGGCCAAGUUGGAGUAAGCCAUCCAGUGUACAGACCCAAUCGUGCAGCUGGGAGAGAAUGGAUCAAAUUAGACGGGAUUUCUGAUAUGAGUCCACAAAUUCUCAAUGGAACUAUCACAGUGAGCAGCGUAUCAAAAGGACCUCAUCAUUUGCGAGUCAGAUCUUCUGACAAUAAGGCUUCACCUCGAUUGAGAUCACCUCGUACCUCUCAAGCUAGAAGCUAUCUGCUUGGCAGGAGAAUGAAGUAUGCACCACAUCCAAAAGAACAAAGGAGACAUGAAGUACAGAAACUUGUUCCUGAAUCAUUGUAUGGGAUGUCUGCUCGGGCAAGGAAUGCCCUAGGGCAGAGAGAAUCUGUUUACAGAGCAAUCCCAACAAAACACAAAGUUCCAGAGAAUAAUGAAUUGUAUGAACCCAGAGACAUCACAGUGCGAGUUGUGAGUCCACAGUCUGUGCUUGUUAUAUGGGUCGAUCCUGCACUUCAAAAGGAAAAGAAUCGUGGUGCUGGCUCAGACAGAUAUUACACUGUUAGAUACAGAGAGAAAGGCGAAUCAGCCAAAUGGGAAUAUAAAAUAUCUAAGACAUACAGGCGAGUUCUGAUUGACCAGCUCACACCAGAUUCCAUAUACGAAUUUGCUGUUCGUGCUUCACAAGGAGACAGAGAUGGCAAAUGGAGUGUUUCAGUUUUCCAAAGAACACCAGAGUCUGUUCCUACUUCUAGUCCUGAGAACUUUGAGGUGAAGCCAUUAGGUGAAAAAGGAGUAGCAGUGACUGCAUCCUGGGACCCUCCUAAUGACAGCAAGGGAAAGGUUACAGAAUACAUUGUUUCAUACACCCCGGCUCUCAAACCAUUCGGAGCAAAGACUAUUACUUUUACUGGGGACAUUACAACUGCCGUAGUUGAUGGUCUGCAACCCGGGGAGCGCUAUAUUUUCAAAAUUCGAGCAGCAAACCGGCGAGGACAAGGUCCUCAAUCCAAAGCCCUCAGUGUUGCUAUGCCAAAAAGCAAUACUGCUGCAACUUUGCAUCGUAGGACUCAUGACAAAGCUCUAACUUCUCCAGGAUUCGCAUCAUCUUCAGCCUCCAAGUCCUUACCCAAUAUGCCUUCAUCACGCUUGCCAUCUUUUUCAACUGUUCCUAAACCCAUCUCUGAUUUCAGAUCAAAGAUGAGAAAAUCUUCCUCUCCCUUUCCUGACUCCCAUUCACCAUUUUAUGGCUCUGAUACAAAACCAGCUCAAAACUUGCAUUUCUCCUCUUCAUCAUUAAUCCCUCCUUCCUUUCCCUUAACAACAUCAAAGCAUUCAGCUACAGACUCCAGGAGAAACAGUGAAUUGUUAACUAGAACAAGACCUACCUCUUCUGCAAUCCCAUCCAACAGAAACCCAACUCAGAUAAGAAUAACAAAUUCCAAAGCAAGUCUUAGAAAACAAUUUACUUCUGGCUCAUCAUCUGUUCAGACACAAAAUGAAACAAAAGAGCCAAGCCGAGAACAGCCCAAACAUCUGACUUCUUCAACUUUUCCCUCUGCGAGAUCACCUUCUGUGUUUUCAGAGGAAAAUAAGGAAGGGAAAAGUGUAGAGGAAGAGGAGGAAAAAGCCGAAGAGAGAAACAAAAAAAACAAGAAUCGCAUUUUAAUACAGUUGAAGCAAUCUAGCCAUAAUUCAAUGUUGAGUAGACAGACUUCAAUUUCCCAGUCACCAAAGUCAUUCUCUGUUCCUGAUCCUAGAUCAACACGACCACUCUCAAGAACAGCUUCAAAUUCAAAUUCUUCUCAUACUGCAUCUUCCCAGUCUUGGUCUAGUUCUAACAGAAGAAGGGUGAUUAGUGAUCAUGAUAAAAAGCCCGCUUCCACAUCUUCAUCACACUCAGCUUCACAAAGUAACCCUUUAUUAGGAUCCAGUUUUGUUAAGACCAAACUUGUGCCUGGGAUCCCAAAAAACACAUUUUCACCACGAUCUAAUCCUCCUCCUCUUGUCUCAUCCUCCUCUUCAUCAUCCUUAGGAAAUUAUCACAGGUCUUCAUGGGCAGAUCCUCUCACACGCUCCAGUAAUGAAAAGGUAUUGUCUGGUCCUGAUAGAAAGCAAACAUCCUCAUCCUCCUUUGAAAGAAAACUAACUACUUCCAGUAGUUCCUCUCAGCAUGUUCCACCUUCACCCGUUCAGUCGUCUUCUACACCCUCAGAAAGUUCAGACAAAUCUUCACUAUUAAAGCCUAGCACAGGUUCUAGUGUCUCUAAUAUCAUGCUGAUAUCAAGGGCUGAAAGAAAACCAGUUUCCUCUUCUGUUUCCUCUCAGUCCCAUCCAUCUUCAUCAAUCCAGUCCUCCUCCUCUAAAUCUUCAGAAGGCUCACGUUCACUUUUGCCAUCAAAUCGCCUUUCUACCUCCCAUAUUGGCAAUGCUAGAAUACCUGACAGUAAAAGUAAGCCAUCUUUCUCUUCGGUACCAUUCCAAACUACCUCUUCUUCAACUUCACAGGGUCACUCUCAUCUAUCUGAACGAGAAAAUUCCUACUUAAAUCCCAAUGGUGCCAACAGAGAAUUUGUAGCCAGUCUGCCAACAAAACCAGUUACCUCUUUUGUAACUCAGUCUGUUGCUUCAUCACAUAUUCUGUCAUCUUCAAGACAUUCCAGACAACAAGCAUCUUCAUUUCCUUCAGGCUCCAAGGAAAUAAAUAGAAGACAGCCUUUCUCCCCAUCCUCAUCACAACUUUCUGCAUCACAUCCCCUUUCACCAUCUUCACAUCGACACCGUUUCCCAGGGAUAAGAACACGGUUUCCUUCUAGGUCAACAAUCACAGGAAACUUUUUACGUUCAGGAAGAUUUAGAAAAUUUGGGAAGUCUCCUCCAGACCAAUGGAAAACUGGGAGACCAAAUUUAACAGCUGACAGAGGGAGCAAAGUUUCGGUUGACAGAGAUAGUAAUGAAAAGGCAACUGGGCGUAGGGUCAUCGCUGGACCUCAGGAUACUAAAUGGAUUGUAGAUUUUGACCGAGGGAUACUGAUGAACCCUGAAGGACAAAUACUCCAGGAUACAGAGGGAAAGCCCCUCCAAAUACAACUGGGAGCAGAUGGUCGAACUAUACUAGAUGAGAAAGGAACCCCAAUUCUGAGUCCCAAUGGUUUACCUCUGUUUGGACAUGGACGAGAUAGUAAACCUUUAGUUGACCCAAAAGGUAAGCCCAUUUUGUCAGUCGGAGGCAAGCCCGUCAUCGGAUUAAUCCGCCAAUUAGAAACGACAGUUGCAUCUACUACUACACCUACAACAACCAUGGCUGCAACGACCAGAAGUACCACAACAGAGCCAACUACAACAGAGUUAACAACCAAGCCAACUACAACAGAGUUAACAACCAAGCCAACUACAACAGAGUUAACAACCAAGCCUACUACUGUCAUUCCAACAUGUCCCACAGGCAGUAAUAUAAGAUUGAAUGAAGAUGGUUAUCCUAUCCUAGGUCCUGCUAAUACUAUUGAAUGUUUCACUGAAGAAGAGUUUUCAGGGAUGGAACCUGACAUGAUGAUAACAGCUCCCAUGGAACGUGAUGCACUGGAUGCUUUAGCCAUUAAAGAAGGUUUUCAGCUGGUCGUGACUACUCUACCUACAACAACUGAACCUCUGACAACAAUAGAGCCUGUGACGUGGUCAUUCCAUAUGAUUCCCCAGUUAAAGUUUGACACGGCAGGAAAUGAGCGAUUUGUUGCUGCUCACGUGAAUUACAUCAGCAAAGAUCCAGCAGCCCCUUGUUCAUUGACAGAAGCACUGGAGCACUUUCAAGUGGAUUCACUGGUGGAUAUUAUUCCAAAAGACCUGCAGGAUGAAACCCUACCUCCCGAGCAAGCUCCACACAACAUCACCAUUGUGGCUGUCGAAGGCUGCCAUUCCUUCAUAAUUCUUGACUGGGCAAAGCCUCUAAAGAACGAACUUGUAACAGGUUAUCUUGUCUAUAGUGCUUCUUAUGAUGACAUCUUGCAGAACAACUGGUCUGCAAAGCCUACAGCAGCCAGCACGCACUUACCAAUUGAAAAUCUGAAGCCAAAUACAAGGUAUUAUUUUAAAAUUCAAGCAACGAACCCAUAUGGUUACGGCCCCAUCAGUGAAGCCUUGACUUUUGUGACAGAAUCAGAUGACCCACAGAUUAUUAUCAGGCCACCUGGGGGUGAGCCAAUUUGGAUUCCUUAUACAUUCAAGUUCGAACCUUCUUCCAGCGAAUGCUCAGGGAAGCAGUAUGUGAAACGCACAUGGUACCGGAAAUUUGUGGGUGUGGUGCUCUGUAACUCACUGCGAUACAAAAUCUUCCUGGCUGAAGGCCUGAGAGAUACAUUUUACAGCAUUGGCGAUGCUUGGGGGAAAGGGGAGGACCACUGCCAGUUUGUUGAUUCUUUCUUGGAAGGAAGGACAGGAACACACACAUAUCCGGAAUCACUGCCUAUCAUUCCAGGUUAUUAUCGAAGUUAUCGCCAAGAGCCAGUGUCAUUUGGCCUUAUUGGUGGAAUUGGGAGGUUUGGUGGGACUUCCAAUUUCUACGUGGGUUGGUAUGAAUGUGGAGUACCUAUUCCUGGAAAAUGGUAAUGAAAUGAAUCCUUUGAAAUUGCUCGUGCAAGACUUAACAACUCGACUUACAUCUGAGCUGAAUUAACAGAGUACUGAGAGAACUCCUUGCUAUAGAAUACUGGACAAUGUGUCGAAGAAUCAAGAUUAUUUUCACACAAUUUCAAACACUGUUUCUACUGCAAUCUUACUGGAAUAUACAUCAUAUCCUUUUAAUAUAUAUAAAUGGAAGACCAGGACUUAGAAUAAACAUGCCUGAUAUAAUUGCACUCACUUGUGGUGGUUCCAUUUUCUACCUAUAGGGAAGGAAUUGAAAAAAGAGUCAACAAUCAAAGGUCUGUUGACAUGAGAUUUAAAAACCCUUCAGAAAUUCCACCUGGGUAUUAGAAUAGCCUCAGUGAACUGCACUUGUAAGCUCAUAAGUUUUUCAAGAUAAUUCUUUGUCAGAGCAUUGUACUGAAAGAUUUCAUUACAGAAUCAUUUUGAGCUAUUAGAGGAAAUUCAAAUAGUCCAUCAUAAAAUAUUCUCGACUAACAAUUGCCACUGUUGAAAUUUCAUUUCAAUUUUUUCACUUCUGUACCUGCAAAUUGUACAGAUUUUCUCUGCUGCUGCUGAUCUUCCACUAAUCAACAUGGUAAAUGAUCUGUGCUUAUCAGUAAGAUUGGUGUGAAUAUUAACUUACUUCCCAGUUUUAAAAAUUGCAAGUCUCAAGCAAAUCAUGUACUGCUUUAUCUUCCAUACAAUACCGGAUUGUGUACAUGCAGUCAUACAUGCUCUAUUUAACUGACCUAUAAUUGACUAUAUUGUAUAAUGAGCCUACAUUGAACACAGCACUGAAGAUCCGUAUCCAAAUGCAUCAAUGGCUGGAUACGAAACAUUGAGAUUUGGCAUUCCAUCACUUCCUUUCAUCAAUAUUUUUCAGUCCAGAGUCUGAAAUAGAAUCCCAUUUCCACAUGCCAAUCUUGAUAAGCUACCUGUGUGGUGCUAAUUUUUAUUUACACUUUCUAGCUAACUCACAAAGUUCAAAAUAUUUAAUGUGUAGUUUUCACAUCUGUAAAAGUCCGUUACAUUGGAAAAAUUCAAAAAAACUUUUUUGUGAAAACUGAAUGCUCUGGGUAGAUUGGGCUUGAUUUUGAAACCAGAGUCAAGGGAGAAUUUCUUGAUAUAUUCCUGCAGUUUCCUUGGUGCAUUUUUUAUUCUUGCGCAGUAUUUUAAGACAAAGUUUUUUUGCGCAGGCGCAAUGAAUUUAUGCUGUUUUAAAACAGCACCAAACAGAACAAUGUAGUGAAAACAAUAGUGAACCUGUAACUCUUUGUGUGUUAAAUCAUUGCGCUGGCGCAAAAAAAAAGCAAUAUUUGAGAGUGAAUUUGCUAAUUGCAAGUUCCCAGCAAGUAGCCACACUUAGUUGGAGUGUAGUCAGUGAUAAAGCUACAGCACUGUAGCACCAGUUCUCCCAUUCACCAUCUAAAACAUGGCUAUUCACUGGGAGCGUGGAAUCAGGGAAUUUAACCUCAUGUCCUGAUGUGCCUUUUAUUAAAUGUUAUUUUGGUUAAAUGUGCAAAGUAAACCCCUUUAAACAUAGAAAUCUUUUUUUAUAAAAUGUGCAUUUUAUAGUUAAAAAAAAUCUGUUUAGAGAGCAUAUUUAAAUGGAAUUUGGGAAUUUCAAACACAAGCUUUUCUGCUUUUCCAACUUGUGAAUCUUGUUGCCUUGUAUACAGAACCACACAUUUAACCAAGAGUUGUGCCAAAUCUGUUGUUACCUGUUGCACCUGAGAAAAAUCUGUACUUUAAAAUUGAGAAAAUCAGCUGAAAAUAGUAGUCUGCAUGUUAGGUCAAAGAAAAAAUGCUUUAAUUAUAAACUGCACCAACACAAUGAUCUGUGCAGCGUUUGGGUCUAAUAAGCAGUUUAUGUAUGGUAUCAGAAAUGUAUCUUGUGCUUUUGGCUCUGAUCGUUGAAUUGAUAUCACACUAUUUAAACUUGUUUUGCAUCA